CACCUGAAACAGACAAAAAGGGAAGAAAAUUCAAUUUAUUCUCUUGCUGCUCCAUUACCUGGAGUUUUUCCCUGAAUUCCCUUCUGCAGGAAUAUUUCCCUGGCACCAGCUGCAGCUCCCUGGCAGCACGAGAGGCAGCAGGGUUGACUCCCAGCUCCUUGAUUUUUUCCUGGAAUCUGCAGGAUUUCCAGUGUGUCCCGGAGUGCUCAGCUCCCUUCCCAUCUCUUCAGAUGAAGCAUCUCAAAAAUGCUGAAUUUUGGAUGCUCCCCUUUUGUCUCCCGUGGAGCAGCCUGUGGAAGUUUCUCCGCCGCGGAUUCCCGGUGGAGGGACCCACCCCGGGACGCUCCGGGCCUGGGGGAGGAGAGGCCGGCGCCGGGUGAGGGACUCUCCAGGCUCUGUGCUGACUUCCAGGAAUUCCCAGGAGCUGCUUCCCGAGGGAAAUGUUGUGUUUCCAGAUCCUUGUCCUGGCGGUGGCCACGGGGCCAUUCCGAGCUGGGGCUGCUCAUGAAGCCUGCAGGACAGCAGAGGUGGCCAAGGUUCUGUUCCUCGUGGGGCAGUCGGAGGCUGCAGGGAAGGAGAGCUCACGGCUGCUCCAGGAUUUCAUCGGGAGCGUGGCCAGGUCCUUCGAGAACGCGGAGAUGGGAAGAGGAGGAGUCCAGCUGGGCCUGGCUCUGUAUGGGGAGACACCAAGGAUGAGUGUUGAGCUCACGGAUUACGUGACCAUCAAAGAAACGCUGGAUGCAGUUCAGGAUCUCUCCUUCCAAGGCAGCAGCCUCCAAACAGGCUCAGCCCUGGCUUUUGCAGCUCAGGCUUUGGCACCCAAGGACACCCUGAGAGAGGAGGCAGCCAAGGUGGUGGUUCUGAUCACGGAUGGGAAAUCCAGCGAUUCCGUGGAAGAGGGAGCUCAGAUCCUGCAGGAUGGGGGGGUGACAGUGUUUGCUGUGGGGAUUAAGGAUGCUGACAAGAACGAGUUGGGCAGGAUUGCUUCCGAUCCCACUGCGGAGCACGUGCUUUACGUGGAAGAUUUCCAGCUGCUCCCAAACGUGGCUCCCAAACUCUCUCGGAGGCUCUGCUUCACCGCCUCAGAGCCACCGCGUCCUGUCAAGCAGAGGGUGCAAGCUGAGCAGAUCCUGGGCCCUCGGGAGCUGCGUGUCAGCGAGCACAGCCACAGCUCCCUGAGGCUCUCGUGGGUGGCAGCCACGGGCAGGGUGACAGGGUACAGUGUCCAUGUCCACCCCUCGCUGCCACCGGGGCAGCCGGAGCCAGAGCACCAGCGGCAGAUGGAGGUGGAUGGGGACACAACCACGGUGCUGGUGACAGAUCUGAAGCCCAGCACCAAAUACGUGCUCACGGUGAGGGCCAGCUAUGGAGGGGCCCUCGGGGAGCCGGCAGCCACCAAAGGGAAAACAACUCCUGUGCCUCCAGUCACCAAUUUCCGUGUGAUAGAAGAAGGACUUUUCAGCCUCAAGGUGGCUUGGACACCUCCCCUGGGCAAACUGGAGGGUUACAAGAUCUACAUCCCCAGGGCCAACAAGCCCGGGGUGACCCUCGAGCAGAUCCUGCGGGGCGAUGUCUCUUCCCACCUGCUGGAAAACUUGCAGGAGGACAGGGAAUACAGCAUCAGCAUCUACGCCGUGUAUCCUGAGGGGCCGAGCCAGCCCGUGGCUGCCCUGGGGAGGACACUGAAGCUCCUGCCUGUGGAGAGCCUCUUGCUGCAGAACGAGACCACGGACACGCUCCAGGCCCGGUGGAGCCCUGUCCGGGGAGCAACGGGAUACAGGCUCACCUGGACAUCAGCAGAGGGCAGCAUCCAGGACGUGACCCUCGGCAGCUCCUACAGCUACUACAUGAUCCAGGGGCUGGAGCCGGGCAUGGAGCACACGGUGACCAUCAACCCCAUCUUUGGGGACAUCGAGGGACCGGUGGUGACUGGCAGAGCCACCACGGUGGCAUCCAGCACUGUCCAGAUGCUGAAAGUGAGCGAGAUCUCCAUCAACAGCCUCCUGGUGUCCUGGGAUUCAGUCAUGGGAGCCACUGGGUACAGGGUGGCCUGGGGUCCGACACCAGAAUUCUUUGGCAAGGACCGUCCCCGUCACCUGUCCCUCAGCAAGUCGGUGACGUCCCACCGGCUCCGCAGCCUGGCCCCUGACACCGAGUACGUGAUUUCUCUGUCCGUGCUCUUCGGCUCCGGGGAGGGCCCUGGGAUCACCACCUCGGCCAGGACGGCUCCUCUGGGAUCUGUCUCCAACUUCAAGGUGACGUCGCACACCAGCACCAGCCUGUCCUUGGCCUGGAGUGCCACAGCCGCUGCCACCAAAUUCAAACUCACCUGGAGCCCCGUGGGAGCAGGCAAAGGAAAACAGGUUGCCAGGACUCGGUACCUGGGCAGCAGAGUGUUGGCUCAUCGGAUUGACCACCUGGUGCCCAACACCCUGUACAGGGUCGGUGUCCGGGCUCUGUUCAGCAGGACCGAGGGGCCGGAGGUGAUCCUGACUCACCACACAGCUCCUUCUGGAGAUUCCAACCCCAUCCCGACCAUCCAAGACCUGAGGGUUACCGACACUGGUGUCAACACUUUGAAGCUGGCUUGGAAAAGCCUUCCUGGGAUAAGUCACUACAAGAUAUCCUGGGAGCCAUCCAAUGGUGACUCGGAAUCCUCCCAGCUGGUCCCGGCAGAGGCCGUUUCCUUCGCGAUUCCCAAACUGAAGGGCAACACCACCUACACCAUCUCCGUGUCCGCAGUGGGAAAGGGGCAGGAGGGAACCCCCACGGUCCUCACGGCCAAAACCUUGGAUUUGCCCAAAGUGACAGAAUUCACCGUGCAGGAGGCCGCGGAUUCCAGCGUUUUGUUAUCCUGGGAUGCCGUUCCUGGAGCAUCCCUGUAUUUACUGACGUGGGGAUUGUCCUCAGCUCCCGCUCUUUCCCGGGAAUUGUUACCAGCAGCUUCCCAAUCCUAUCGGGUGACUGGGCUGAGCUCCAAGGAAAUGUAUUUUUUUUCCAUCAAACCAAUGUUUGGAGACUCAGCGGGACCGGAGACGACGCUCCUUGGACAAACAGCAGGAGCUCCCAGGGAGCCACCAACUGCUCCAGUGGCUCCUGCACCGUUGGAUACGAGGGAAUCUCCAUCCGGAUCUCCCAGCAGGGUGGGGACCACUCCUCUCCCAGUGCCCACCAGUACAAAGCUCCCAGAGCCCCCAGUAUGGACCAGCACGGUGUCGGCACCGCUGACAACCCCGCCUGGGCCCAUUUGUGGGAAGCUCAAGGCAGACGUUGGGUUCCUGGUGGAUGAAUCCUCGAGUAUCGGCCAGAGCAACUUCAAUAAAGUGAAGGAUUUCCUCUUCCGGAUCGUUUCCUAUUUCCCCAAGAUUGGGCCUGAAGGGACACAGGUUGCUGUUGCUCAGUACAGCGAGGAGCCCAGGGCAGCUUUCCACUUCAACCAACACCGCGACCGCAACGGAGCCCUCAGAGCCAUCAAAGGGCUGAGCUACACCGGAGGCAACACCAAAACAGGCCAUGCCAUAUCCUACGUGCUAAAGGAAUUAUUCCAGCCCUCCAGAGGGAUGAGACCAGGCUUUCCUCACAUCCUGGUGCUCGUGACCGAUGGACAAUCCCAGGAUGACGUGGUGUCCCCAGCCAGAGCAGCCCAUGCUUUGGGGCUCCGUGUCGUUGCUGUGGGGGUGUCAGGAGCUGACCCCGUGGAGCUCCACAAGAUCUUGCUGCAGCAGAACCCCCAGGACGUUUUCUACGUCAGCACCUUCGAUGACUUCCCCCAAAUCCUCCAAGAGCUGAUAGAAGCCAUUUGUUCUGAUCCUCGGCUUCCAGGAACCCAAAUCCCACUGGGAAAGAUCUCCAGGGGCUCAGCAGCUCACAGGGGUUAUGACCCCCACACCACAAAGGGAGAGAAAGGGGAGCGGGGUCUCCCUGGGAAGGACGGCAUUCCUGGGCUGCCGGGCAGGCCGGGCCGGCCGGGUCCUCCAGGUCCCGCUGGAAUCAUGGGGCUCCCUGGCAGCCAAGGUGACGUUGGAUCUCCAGGCUAUCCAGGGCCCACGGGGCCAAAAGGAGACAGAGGAGAGCCAGGCUAUGUCCUGGGAGGAGUGGAGGUGAUUCCUGGCCGGAAUGGGCAGCCUGGCCCCCCUGGACAGAAGGGGCAGCCAGGGGUUCCUGGGGUUCCAGGACCACCAGGUUCUCCAGGGCCACCAGGAAUCUCCAUCAAGGGUGAACCAGGGGAUUCAGGAAUCAGGGGUCCCCGUGGGAGGAGUGGCCUCAAAGGUGACAGAGGAGACACGGGAGAGCCGGGAAAGCCUGGUUUGCCAGGCCCUGUGGGGCUCCAUGGGGCUCCUGGACUGCCUGGACCACAGGGAGAGAAGGGAAUGGCAGGAAUUGGCAUUCCUGGCACUGCUGGCAUGAAGGGGGAAGAAGGAGAGCAGGGAAUGGUGGGACCUCCAGGAGCACCAGGACCAAAGGGAAUUCCAGGACCUCCGGGGCAGAAGGGAGACCAAGGAAAUCCAGGAUUUCCAGGUGCUCCAGCCUUGGAGAUUUUGGGACCUCCAGGCAAGAAAGGUGUCAGGGGAGAUCCCGGACCAGCUGGACCACAAGGAGACAAAGGAAUCCCAGGAGAAAAAGGGGAGAAGGGAAGUCCAGGAUUUGGAAUUCCCGGCCAGCCUGGGCUAAAGGGAGACAUUGGUGACAGGGGAAAUGUGGGAUUGUCUGGGAAGCCAGGUCAGAAGGGGGAGAGAGGUGAACCAGGAGUCCCUGGAAAACCAGGAGAGGCUGGGCUCAGAGGAAAAGAUGGAGAAGCUGGAGUCCCUGGAGAGCCAGGAGUGAGAGGAAUCAGGGGUCCUCCUGGAAUCCCAGGACGACCUGGAGAGCAAGGAAUGAAAGGAGAUCCAGGAGAACCUGGAAAGGAUGGAGAUCCUGGGAAGGACGGCCUGAGAGGUGAAAGAGGCCCCCCAGGCCCAAAGUUGAAGAGCACAUGGAAAAGGGUGGAAGGAGGAAUGGCUUCGGAUCCCACACAUCCAAAAUCUUUAGAGGGAGAACCUGGCCCUCCAGGAAGAGGAGUGGAAAUGAAGGACCUGGAGAGGCUUUUUGAAGCGUACGGGAUCAAGCUGGCGCUGCUGAGGGACCUCUCCGACGCGAUCCUGCGGGACGGGCUGGACGGGCUCCUGUGGCACCGGGGCGGCUCCAGGACGAGCAAAACUUCCGUGGAAAACCAGGCAGCCGUGCCUGUGACCGAUCCGCUGGUGUCCGACACUUCCCGCGGUGUCCCGGCCGGCACGGAGGCGACAGGAGAAGGACAGAGCCUGGAGCUGGAGGCUCCGGAGGUGCCGCUGUCUGGAGGAUUCCCUGAGAGUUUGGCUGUGCCCCCACCACAUCCAGGAGAUCGGCAGGAAAACCAUUCCCUGGAUCUCCUCCAGCCCUUGGAGGAGAGGCUGGAAGGACAAGCCCAGCAGGACACCAGCCAGGAAAAUGGGAAUUCCGACAACGGCUCCGCGAUCCCAAGGCACAGAUCCAGGAGAUCUCAUGAGCAUGCGGGACACCCCACAAGGAUCCCAUUCCAGAGCCAUCCCUGUGAUCCAGGAGGAAGCACUGCCCCUUCCCUGGAGGAUUCACCACCAGCUCAUCCCCCCGGUGCUCCAGGAGCUCGGAAAUUCCCGUCGGGAUCCACGGCAUAUCCAGGCCCUCAUCAUCCAAGGAGAAUUAAGAAGGAGGGAAGUGGCCCAGCAGAUCCCUCCUCCCGUGGCCCAAAGGGAGAAAUGGGAGCUCCUGGAUCCCCUGGAGACAAAGGAGAAAAGGGAGAAACGGGAGCUCCUGGAGCCCGUGGAGACAAAGGAGAAAAGGGCGCCAAAGGAGACCAAGGGGAAGAAGGUCAAAAGGGAGAACCAGGAAUUGGGUUCAGAGGUCCCAUUGGCCAGGCUGGGCCACCUGGACUUAAGGGCGAGCCAGGGGCUCCAGGACCUCCAGGAGCUCAGGGCAUCCAAGGAAUUCGUGGCAACGCCGGCACUCCCGGAUCCCAGGGGGACAGAGGGGCUCCAGGUGUGCCCGGAAUUCCAGGAGAGAAGGGGGAACGUGGGAGGAGAGGCCGGAGUGGAUCUCCUGGGCCCGCGGGACCAUCGGGAUUCCCAGGAAAAGAGGGAAUUCCUGGGACACCUGGACCCAAAGGCAACAAGGGAGAAGUUGGUGUUGGAGCUGCUGGUCCAAGAGGUCCCCAUGGAUUCCCUGGCCCUCGGGGUGACGAGGGCAUCGUGGGAAUGCGGGGUCCCCCUGGAAUGAUGGGUCCAAAAGGCUUCCCAGGCAUGAAAGGCCAAAGAGGUGAUCGGGGACUUGUGGGACCAAAGGGAGAACGAGGUGAAUCCAUGACAAUUUUUGGACCUCAGGGCUACAAAGGCACCAAAGGAGAUCCCGGUGAGCAGGGACUGCCAGGUUUUGAUGGAGACAAAGGCGAGAAGGGAGAGGACGGACCCGUAGGAGAAAAGGGAAUCAAAGGAGAAGCUGGAUCCAAGGGAAUGAUGGGACUUUUCGGGAGCAGAGGACCCGUUGGACAGAAGGGGGAGCCAGGAGAACCGAGCUCGCCGGGAUCUUCUGGUGCAGCAGGACUCGAUGGGAAGAACGGGAUCAAGGGAGCCAAAGGUGACAGAGGCCUUCAGGGACAGAAGGGGAAGCCGGGAGGGAAAGGUGACCCUGGGACCACUGGUGACACCGGGCAGAAAGGGACAAAGGGCUUGCGAGGGCUUCCAGGCCGGAUCGGCGCUCCCGGAGCCAAAGGCGCCAAGGGAGAAGUUGGCAGUUCUGGAAAACCAGGAAUUCCAGGAUUGAAUGGACAGCAUGGACCAAAGGGCGAACCAGGAGCCUCAGGGAACGACGGCGCCUCGGGAAUUCCUGGGGAGAAAGGAGAAAAGGGAGCCAAGGGAGUUCCUGGACUGGGAGGAUUCAAGGGACAAGCGGGAUGGCCUGGGAAGCCUGGAGGGGCCGGAGCAGCUGGACCUCGAGGGCCACAGGGCGAGCCAGGCCCACAGGGUCCACCAGGGAAAAGAGGGAGAUCCCAGCUCUGCCUCCAGGGACCCCCGGGCAUGGAUGGGCCAAAAGGAGAAGCGGGGGAAAAUGGUCCCGCCGGGCAGAAAGGAGCCAAGGGAGAUCCGGGCCUUUCCGAGGAAGAGGUGAAGGAAGUGCUGAGGAGUGAAAUGAGAGGGAUUUGUGGUUGUGGAGGCGAGUUGGGAAGGAUGUCCAUGGAAAAGGGUCUGGAGGUGGCUGAAGCCCACAGGAGGCUCCAAGGGUAUUCCCAGCCUCGGGAAUACACCGGGAAUGGUGGAAACUGGGAAGAAAAACUUGGCACAACUCACGGCAAGACCGCGGUGCAGCCCUUCGUGGAGCCACCUCCACUCCUUGCAGCCCCGGCGCAGCAGACAACGGGAACCUCUCAGCGAGAAGGCGACAGCCAAUUACCAGCCCGGUGCCUGCAGCCCAUGGAUGAGGGCUCCUGCCAGCACCAUUCCCUGCUCUGGUACUUCCACGGCCCCACCAGCUCCUGCCGGCCCUUCCUGUUCGGGGGCUGCCGAGGGAACAGCAACCGCUUCCCAUCCCGGCGGGAAUGCGAGCGCCGCUGCCAGAGCUCCCCAGGCAGAGGGAGAUGAGCGGCUCCAAGCGCUUCAUUUAAAUCCAACGGGAUUGGGAGGAGUCGCUCUGACACCUCCGGGGUGGACAAGGAAAACAAACACCAAAGCGUUGGGAAAAAAGAUGUCGGAAAACUGGAAUUAUGGACGUUAUGGGAUGAGGAGAGGGAAACCUCUGGCUGCUCGGGAAAAGGAGGAUGGGAAGGGCAGAAUUCCUGAGCCAAACCAGGUGGCACAAAUUCCCGAAUUUUAUUUUUGUAAAAUAAAAGUGUCUCAAUGCUGUGGA